AUGGCGUUUCUAUUCAGCCGUAGUAAAUCGAGGCAACCGACGGAGGUUGCAAGGACUCUAAAGGAUCUUCUCGCGCGCUUAUGGCAGACACCGGGUUCCGCCAAGGUGAACACCUCCACACGGAAGCCCCAGCUACAAUCUAAUCUCGAAGUAUUCAGCAUCUUCCCUUUGAGGCAAGAAAGGAUACCCAGACGAUAUUUUCUCACCUCCUUCGUUUCCGACUACCGAAUGCCUCCACCUCCAGCGAUCCUCCAGUCAUUUCGUAUAUCGUUAACAAACGACCGGGAAAUACUUAUUGAGCUAUGUAACGGCUAUGAGAACAGUCGAAGUGCGAUGCCAUGUGGAUCGAUUCUUAGAGAGGCUUCGAAGUUUGAAGUUGUUACAGGAAUUUUGCUAUAUGAUCAGUCGCGAGAAGGAGAACCUGCCAUUAGACUCGAUGAAGUCCAACCUGGGGAGCCACAAACUGGAGAAGGCGUAUUUUGGAAAUUUUUCCAAUGGAUCAACCAGGGCAGCUUCGAAGUUAGUGCGGAUGCAUUUACGACUUUCAGAGAAAUUCUGACGAGACACAAAGCUUUAGUAGCUGGCUAUCUUGCAACUAAUUUUGACCUUUUCUUUUCAACGUAUAACAACGUUCUCGUCCUAUCAGACUCCUACGUCACCAAGCGUCAAAGUAUUAAACUGCUAGGCGACCUUCUCCUUGAUCGAGCAAAUUACAGUGUUAUGACUGCAUAUGUGGCUAGUGGCGAUCAUCUGAAGUUAUGUAUGAAUUUGCUCAAAGACGACCGGAAAAUGGUUCAAUACGAAGGAUUCCACGUCUUCAAGGUGUUCGUAGCGAAUCCAAAAAAGUCUGUCGCCGUACAACGGAUUUUGAUAAAUAACCGUGAUCGGCUACUCAAAUUUCUUCCUAAAUUUCUUGAGGAUCGAACAGACGACGAUCAAUUUACAGACGAAAAGAGCUUUCUUGUCCGCCAAAUUGAAACUCUUCCAGCAGAGCCGGUUAUACCUCGAUGA